AUGGAGAACGCAAAAGGAAAGCUAAAAACGAAGCUUAUGCAAUUAGAAAUUCACGCAAAGAGAACAGAACAAGUGCUCAAUUCAGGAUCCGUAGAAGCUAUUGAGAGACAUACGGGAGCAUUAAAGUCUACGAUAUCCGAAGCAGACGAGUUAAAGCGUGCAUUAGAAGCCUUAAAGAUUGAAGCAGACGAAGACUUCAAUGACAUAAGCACGUGGAACAGUGCGAUCGACAUUCAGUUGAUGAAUGCUGACGAAGAGGUUAAGAAGCUUCGCAAGUGGCUCGAAGACAGAAGACGCCAAGAAGAGACGACCGCGCGUGAAGAACAACUUAAAUUCGAGAUGAAAUUGCAUGAACAAAAGAUGAAACUUCAGACCGAUCUCACUAUGCAAAAGAGCCAGGAAAACGGGUCACCUAAGCAAUCACAAGCGAAGCUACCAAAAAUCGAGAUUAAGAAGUUCGAAGGCUCUUACUUAGAUUGGCCUAGGUUUUGGGGUCAGUUCACGGAGACAAUCGACAAGGCCGAUAUAGCACCCAUCAACAAAUUCACUUAUUUAUGUGGGCUACUGGGUCCAAAGGUUAAAGUCGCUGUGGAAGCUUUACCAUUUACAGCUGAGGGCUACAAUAGAGCCAUGUCAAUAUUACUAAGCGACAAUGGCAAGGAAUCCGAAAUAACGAAGGCCUACGUCAAGGAAAUAAUGGCUCUCCCUGUCCUCACAAGCGCCAACCCUAAGAGAAUAAGUGAGUUUAGCGAGACAUUGACGUACUGUGUCCAAGCGUUGGAAACAAUGAAUAAACUCAGCGAAGUCAAUGGAAAUGUACCCAUGACACUGGAUAAACUGCCAGCCAUUAGGGGAGACCUAGUGCGAAUGGAUCCGGAAUGGGAGAAGUGGAAUUUCGCCCAGUUGGCAGAGGCAGUGAGACUUUGGACAAAAAGAAACCCUGUUGAAGAACGAGAAAAGCCAGAGCAGCUUAUUUCGAAACGUGACCGGUCAAACAAGCUCUUCCAAGCACGAGGUGGUGAUGACAAGCCAAACAAAUGCGUCUAUUGUAGUGAUGUAACGCACAGAUCGUCUGAAUGCCAGAAGAUUUCAACUGUGUAUGAACGAAAACAGUUUCUAGCAAAAAGGAAACUAUGUUUUAAUUGUGCAACACCGNUGUAA